AUGCGUCGCACCCUUGUGGGGUGCACGGCGACCCCCGAGAAGUACACUAUCCUGGGGACGACCCACCCCCACCCCCGGCGGACCGGCUUCGGCCGCGAUAACAAAAUGCGCUCCAAACCCAGCGAUAACGUGGCGUGGUACGACAAAGGCCCGGUGGAGUGGCUCCCACGCCCCGUACGCCUCACCCACGACCAUUUAGAUCGCCUGCGCGCGUGGAUGAUGCGCGAGACGUUGGAGGGUCGUACCGAGGCGUUCGACCGCAUACGCGCCCUCCAUCGGGAAUGGUCCCAGCACGUCUUGAUGCCGGUUCUCGGCGAUGUCGAGCCCAGGUUCCCGACGAAUUUGUUCAAGCAAAAUCACUGCGCGAAGCGGAGGUUUUUGGUUCGUUGGCAUAAGGCGAAUACGCCGGAGCACUGGGUGUGGAUGCCGCGUGGACCCGCCAUGGUGACCCCACUCCAUCGUUCUCAUCCAUCGCAGUUUCCUGAGAAUUGGCGGCAGCUGACGCGUCAAAGCAACCUGAGUGGCCCAUUGCACUCGAUGGAUGGAGGUGAAAAAAGGGGACUACCGGUCUAA